AUGAAGACAUCAGUGAAGGACUGGAGCAGAACGAGACAGCAACUGUGCUGCAGGUUCAGGUGUACCAUGCUGCCCCGCUGUGCAGUCAGUGCGUGCCAUGUGCUUAUGUUGGUGCUGUGUCUGUCUGCGGCUGAGGACUUCGACUGGACAAAGAACAACCACGGCUCCUUCUAUUAUGGCACUUUUCCAGCUGGAUUUUCAUGGGGUGCCGGAAGUUCAGCCUAUCAAACAGAAGGAGCCUGGGACAAAGAUGGAAAAGGACUGAGCAUCUGGGACGUGUUUAGUCACAAGAAAGGCAAAAUCCAACUAAAUGAAACUGGAGAUUCUUCCUGCGAGGGCUACUACAAAAUCAAGGAUGAUGUUUCUUUGAUGAAGGAGCUGAAGCUUAACCAUUAUCGCUUCUCCAUCUCCUGGCCCAGAGUCAUUCCCACUGGCAUAAAGUCCGACCAUAUAAACGAAAAGGGAAUACAGUACUACGAUCAACUAAUUGACCACCUUUUGGAGAACAAAAUCACUCCCAUUGUUACACUGUAUCAUUGGGAUCUUCCACAGGUUUUACAAGAGAAGUAUGGUGGCUGGCAGAAUAUAAGCAUAGUCAAUCAUUUCAAUGAAUUUGCCAACCUAUGCUUUGAGAGAUUUGGUAACCGAGUAAAGUACUGGAUCACUUUCAACAAUCCAUGGUCUGUAGCAGUUGAGGGCUAUGAGACAGGUGAACAUGCUCCUGGACUGAGGUUAAGAGGAACAGGUGCAUACAGAGCUGCACAUCACAUUAUUAAGGCACAUGCUAAAGUUUGGCAUACUUAUGAUACACAAUGGAGGGCAAAACAAAAAGGGCUAGUUGGUAUCUCUCUGUCGGGAGACUGGGGUGAGCCGGUGGACAUGAGCAACCAGAAAGACAUUGAAGCAGCUGAGAGAUACGUCCAGUUCUACCUGGGCUGGUUUGCCACACCGAUCUUUCACGGGGAUUACCCUCAAGUAAUGAAAGACUUCGUUGGAAGGAAGAGUGCUCAGCAGGGACUGGGAACGUCUCGACUCCCCACAUUUUCCCCCCAAGAAAAGAGCUACAUUAAGGGGACCUGUGACUUUCUUGGCAUCGGUCAUUUCACCACUCGUUACAUCACCCAGCGAAACAACCCAUCAGGCCACAGCAGCAGCAGCAGCAGCAGCUACUUCACUGACCGUGACCUGGCUGAGCUGGUUGACCCACGGUGGCCUGAUCCUGGAUCAGAGUGGCUCUACUCUGUGCCCUGGGGAUUCAGACGUCUGCUAAACUUUGUCAAGACUCAGUAUGGAAACCCAAUGAUUUAUGUGACUGAGAACGGAGUUUCUGAGAAGAUGUUAUGCACAGAACUGUGUGAUGAGUGGAGAAUACAGUAUUAUAAAGACUACAUCAAUGAGCUGCUGAAAGCAAUCAAAGAUGGAGCUAAUGUGAAGGGCUACACUGCAUGGUCCCUGCUGGACAAAUUUGAGUGGGAUGAGGGUUACUCUGAGAGAUUUGGUUUGUACUAUGUGGACUUCAGGAACAAAAACAAGCCUCGUUAUCCAAAAGCCUCUGUUCAGUUUUACAAACGCAUUAUCAGCUCCAACGGAUUUCCAAAUCAAAGAGAGGUUGAAAACUGGAAGAGGAACGCAGUGGAGACCUGCUCUUCUAGCAAUCAGCUAUUAGCCGCAGAGGAACAGCGGAGUACUGCUGCCAAUAUUCUAAGACUUAUACAUGACCCUUUGACCAGCCAUAUGGAGAUGGUAACUGAGAUCGUUGUUCCCACUGUGUGCACACUCUCCAUUUUGCUCAGUGCCAUCCUCCUUAUGUUCCUGCUGCGGAGGCGGAACUAGAAAGUGUGCGUGUUUACAAUCACAAACAGCAACACAUAUAUACAAACAAU